CUCUUGGGUUUUUUCGGACCCAGAAGUUUGAUCUAUUUCAUAGAAGUUGCAGGUGGUCGACAUCUGAUCAUUUUGUUUAUAUUUUAAGAACGAGCUGGAAAUAUGCUGUGAGAAAUGAACUUUUCUUUGACAUGGAUGUAAAAUGACCAGAAUAAAGACGAAUAUUAACUGGCUUUGGUGCUUUCUGCUUUUGGGAGCAGACAUUUGUUGUGCACAGACAAAGCUACUGACCUACAAUGCUGGACUUUUGGAAACGAUUCCUUAUAAACAGGAAAGAGGUGACUACAUAGCGGCUAACAUUGGACAGAGUGAUCCAGAUAUAAUCUGUUUACAAGAGGUUUGGCUCAGGAAAGAUGUAGAAUUCAUCCUAUCGAUCAAUCAGUUCCGGUAUCCUUAUUUCCUCAGUGGAGUCCACAAAGAAACGCGCCCUAAGAUCCUCACCCCCUGCAGUAACAUAUCCCUGAUCAGUGUAAUGUUUAAAUUGGUCGCUAAUGGAUGCACGAGCCGAACCACGCCAGGACAAAAAGCCCAGUGUGUUGUGGAGAAAACUGGAGCGAUGGACCUUCCUCAAAAGUGCAUCUCAUGCCUUGCAGUAUCAGCGACGGGUGGAUUUAAGUUUACAAAUUUACUUCAAGACUGUGUAUUAACAUCUGAAGGGGAAGUAAAUCUGCCUGGCGUACUGGUCCUCAGUAAACGACCGAUGAUUAACCCUCAAGUAAAGUACUUCAUGCCAGCAAUAAAGAAAACCGUUUACAGGGGUUAUAUACACUUUCAGGAUGAAAAAGUUGGGGACAUAGCUUGCACGCACCUGACUGCGAAUCUAGGAUUUCAGUACAUUGAACCAAAUUUACAAAGCAUUUUUCAAAGUUACGAAGACCAAAACUUUUUUGAGACUGUCACCAUGGAAAUUGACCUGAAAUCUGCAUCACGUGUCGUUAUAAUGGGGGACCUAAACUUUGGAGGCGGUAUACCACAGAGAAACAUUAAAGAAGAAUUCGGAAAGUCCUAUCAUCAUUUAAUGAUUUCCGGAUACCACAGCCCCUAUGUCGACAAUGUUGGGUUAUGCACUUAUUGUGGUAAUAACGCCCUUGCGGUCACACAGUAUGACUUAACUAAUACCGAAUCUGAUCAAGAAAGCAGCAUCAUAGACCACAUCUUCGUCCGCGGGAUCAGUGUGGUUUAUUCACAGCGAGUUUUUACAGAAUUUGUACCAGGUCUCCCCUUCACUCCAUCAGACCACUUUGGCGUCCAAGCAACUGUGAUUGACAAGGGACAUGAUUUAAAGGUGCAUGUUAAAUUCAAUGUUACCAAUUAAAUCGGUAGUAAAA